AUGACGGGGGUGCUGGAGAGUCUGAUGCCGGACAUGCACACCAGCCAGAUCUCCGCCGGCAGCUACCAUCAGCACGGCGGCCUGCACAAGCCGCAGGAGUCCCCCACGCUGCCCGUCUCCACGGCCACCGACAGCAGCUACUACACCAACCAGCAGCACGGGGCAGCGGGCGGGCCGCCCUACGGCCCCGUGAGCUCCUAUCCCUACGCGGGCGGCAGCACCGCCCCCUACUCUGCCAAGGCCGCCUACGACGUGGGUUACGGGGGCGCCUACGGCUCCUACGGGCCCUACGGCAGCAGGGCCUCUCCAGCCAACAACGACUCUGCAGAGAAGGAAGACUGCGAGCCGGAGAUCAGGAUCGUAAACGGGAAGCCGAAGAAAGUGCGGAAGCCCCGGACCAUCUACUCCAGCUUCCAGCUGGCGGCUCUGCAGCGGCGCUUCCAGAAAACCCAGUACCUCGCCUUGCCCGAGAGAGCGGAGCUGGCGGCCUCCCUCGGCCUCACCCAGACGCAGGUAAAGAUCUGGUUUCAGAACCGCCGCUCCAAGUUCAAGAAGAUGUGGAAAAGCGGAGAGAUCCCAGCGGAGCCGCCUCCCCGCCGCAGUUCUUCGCCGCCGUCUCCCUCCUCGCCCCCCGCCUGGGACUUCGCUCCGCACCCACGAACCGCAGGCGGCGCCGGCACUGCCAGCCCCAGCCCCGCCGCCGCUUUCCUCGGUAGUUACUCGUGGUACCCUCCGGCCCCCGGCGGCCCGGCGCAUCUGCCGGCGGCCGCUCCUCUCCCGCAGCCGGCGCAGCCCCCGCAUCACCACGGCAGCGGCAGCAUCUUCUAGACUCUGUAGAGACUUGAGCCCGCGGGCCGCACCAGGCGGCCGCGGGACACCGACGUGUAGCACUGGUGUUCUGGUGAAGCGUGGCUCCGGCCCCGGCCACCCCGGCGGAGAGGAACCCCUCCGCGCCCCGUCCCGCCCCGUUCCACCGGCGGUGGGGCCCGUGUGCAUUCGACCCCGUGGGGUACUCCCUCCCGCCGUGAAAACAACCACGCUGCGGAACAAGUACUCAUCUCCCUCCCUCUUCGUCUAUCUUCCACCUCUUCCCCGGCAUUUUCAUCAAACCACCGGUGCAGAACUCUGGUUAACUUUACUUUUUAUUUUUUUAAAGUUGAUAGGUGCCUUUGCGGAUAACCUCACUUAAAUGUUGGGGAUUAAAAAAUAAAACGAUUAAAAAAAAGAUAAAUAAUUUUUAUAUGUAGAUUUAAAACAGAAGCCUCCCGUGUUUAAGGUAUACCUUUUAGCCGUGAACGAAACCGUCCGGCGGGGGCGGGGGCCGGUCGCAGGUGGCGGUGCCGGCGCGGCUCCGGCCCGUGCGCUGCCU